GUGACGACACCCGUCGAGGAGAACAAGAAGCGCCGCAAUCGCAAGAAGCGAAACAAUGACAAACCGACGGUCAAUAUCAGCAGUACUGUCGUCACAAACAACGGCAACACCAAAAACAACAACAACAAUAAUAAUACAACUCUGGUCUCUAUUAGUAACAAUUCAACCAACAAUAAUAGCAAUAAUAAUAAUAACCAUAAUCUAAAUAAUAAUAAUAAUAAUCAUAUGAAUGGCACGACAACCGCCAUAACGCUGGUGUCGCGCGAGUCGGCCGCCGCUGCGAUCCGUAUGCGCUCGUUCUCGAUGUCGUCGACCGGUUCCGGGGGUUCGUCGGACGGCACGUCGCCGCCCAUGUCGUCGGCGGGCGAGUCGUCGGCGUCGCCAAACUUCCGCAAACUGUUCUUCUCGGACGCGUCGAAACGGGAGAGGCAUUCGUCGGGAUCGAUAUUCUCGCGUCGGGCCGACUACUCGUCGUUCAAUACCCUUCCCCGACAUAAGAUCAACUCAUACCACAUCAAGAUGGAGGACGACGGCAAUCACGGCAACGACGAGACCCGGUGUUUCAUACUGUCGACGCUGUCGGCCAAUAAGAUGGAUCGCACGGCGUGCGUGAUCUGUUCGGGCACCAUGAUCAUCUUUGACCGCUAUCCCCUCAUCGACGGUACGUUCUUCUUGUCGCCCCGACAGCACAAUAAGGCGGCCGUUCCCGUGCAUAUCGAGGGACGGGUGCUCUUCAUGAACGCCGUCUGUAUGGGUUGUCUCGAAGGCUGGAACCGGACCCUCCACUGCAAGUCAUGUCGCGUCCGAUGGAACGGAUCUCAUCUAAUAUUGGGUAUUAAUUUAAUUGCAGCUGGAACCGGACCCUCCACUGCAAGUCAUGUCGCGUCCGAUGGAACGGAUCUCAUCUAA